AUGAGUAAGUCCAAGACCUCGUGCAAGGACGCGAUGAAGCAGUUUGAGGAGCUGCUGUCGAAGCUCCGGACCAUCCAGACGGAGCGGCCAGAAAUCAGCUCGCAGGACAUCGAUCCUCUCACGCUCUUAGAGUCCAACAAGGGCCUCAGCGCGCUCCCCGAGUACAAGAAGGUGACUCUGAUUGGCAUGGGAAUAGAGAAAAUGGACAACUCCCUGGGGCAGCUCAAGGCCUGCGAGCACCUCUCGCUAGGCUCGAACUCCAUUGACAAGAUCGGCGGCCUCACGGGCCUCGAAAACCUCCGGAUUCUGUCCCUGGGGCGCAACAAGCUGAAAAAGUUGGACGGCGUGGACGCCGCACCGGACCUCGAGGAGCUCUGGGUCUCCUACAACGACAUAUCCUCGCUCGCGGGCGUCGAGAAGCUCCCGAACCUCAAGGUCCUCUUCUGCUCGAACAACAAAAUCUCGUCCUUCGACGAGCUCGAGCGCCUGGCGGGCACCCACGUCAAGGACCUCAACCUUCUAAACAACCCCCUCUACGGCGACAUGGAGGAGGGCGCGCGGCGCGUCGAGGUGCUCAAGCGCCUCCCGAACCUCACCAAGCUCGACGGCAAGCCCGUGGAGCUCGACGAGCUCGACGCUGCGCGCGGCGCGUGA